AAUUUCUGUACAACCUAUAUAAAUCCAAGUCCUUGGUAUUCUGCAACUACCAAGGAGCUCGGUUUCUUCGAUCAUCUACCAUACUGCCCCCGCCGAAUUACCUGUCAUAAUGGCGAUCCAUCCACUGCUGCCGGGCAUCGAAGUCGCCAUCUGCGUCAACAACGAACCCCUUCGUGAGUACGACGAUGAAGACUCUUGGACUGGCACGACACGAAAUGCCGUGGGCUUUGAGACCAAGACGAUCACGAAAUACAUCGAGUCUGUCGCAGAUCAGGAGUUCGGAAUCAAGUUUGUGCUUGAUAACCAUUAUCAGCUCACUUCUCCAUUCCUUGUCUUCUACACCAACAUAGAUGGUGAGAAUUUCGGUGGUGCUGCCUUUGAUGAUCGCAAGACACAUACUCCAUGGGUAAUCCACCAAGAAGGAGUGAAGAAGGGAGGGAAAGGAAAGACCCCUGUGUAUCUACUGCCUUUUAAGUUUACGAAAAUUGAAACAACUCUUAAUCAGAACGCUAUGCGCACUCUCGAGGAUGACAAGAAGACAAUGAGCAAAACGGGGAAAAUAAGUAUCGAGGUCUUCCGAUGCUCGGGGGGUGCUAGUUUUGAUCGCGAUUCCAACGUGCCCAAACUCGGCCUUGAUCCCGACUCGAAACUCCACGAGAAAUCACUCAAAGGCGAACCAAAGUACCAUGGUGCAUCGUUCGGGGACGCGCGUGUAGUAUCAUCUGAGAACAAAGCCAGGACAUAUACGGAAUUGGACGGUUCGGACUCCCCUAUUUUAAGAUUCGUAUUCAAGUACAGGUCGAACAAAGCGCUGAAAGAGCUUCUCAUCAUUGAACGUUUGCCAGAGCCAGAAGAAGCAGCAGCGCCAGCUGAGGCUCCGCCUGAGGUGCCGCCUGCUGUCGACCUCGAACAUCUUAACGACAACCAACGACGAAAAGUAGAAGACUUCGUCCGGAACCUUACAGAGGGCGGGCCAAGUACUCAACCUAAGAAGGUGAAGCGAGAACGUGACGGCGAAAAGUCACCCCUUCAACUGAAGAAGAAGCUCAAGACGGCCGAAGAGGUUGAGAUAGUCGACCUUACUGGAGACUAGCACCGACUUAAUUUGGAGCAUGGUCACACCAAGUCAGACUACUGCCUAUGGAACGGAGAACAAGACUCACGAUAUGCAUCUUUCUUUCGUCUGCUAAGGAGUUUUGGAGUUUGGCCCUGCUUAUUAUUAUACCCAGGUCUGCAUUGAUGAAGGAGGGUUGCGUGUACAUUGCAAGGAGAGGCAUGCGCUAUCUAGCUUUUUCUGAGAACGUCACCAUGCACUCUACAGUUUAAAUUUAGAAAGGC